CCGCUCCUCGUGUUCCGUCCUGUCAGCAGCACGCGACGCUCGCAUCACGUUUCUGGACCUGGCGCUGGCCGCGUGCGYUUGUGCCGUCCGAACAUCUGGACCGGGAUGUGAACGGGUUCUCCGAGUCCCGGUCCGGUUCCCACAGGUUGGGUGAUGAUCCACCAAGUCUGCAGUGAGCUUUGUUUGUGAGAGGGGAACCGGUGAGAUCCAGUCAGAACCAGAUUCCUGAGAGGAACCUUCAGACCAGCAUCAUCCUCUCAAGAAGUUCGGAUGUGUCGCAUUGAUUAGAAUACUGGACCGGACUGUGUGCAGCUGGAGGCACCGGGUCCAGUUCCCGCUCAGCACCUCUGAACAGAACAGUUACAGAUCAAACAAGAGGAGGAUCUGCUGGUGCCAGGUGACCGGGUGAAGUCCGUCACUGAGAACACAUUUCCUCCUGACCACUGCCAUGGCAAGCUCCCUGAUCAGCCGUCAGCUGACUCUGUCCCUGCAGAAGAACCACAGACUCAGUGCUGCAGGCUGCAGGUAUGUGAGUAAGGCAGCAGCAAAGACCCAGGUUGAGUAUGACUACGAUGGACCCUUAAUGAAAACUGCAGUCCCCGGGCCCAGAUCCCAGGAGCUGACAAAACAACUGGGAGAAAUCCAGAACGUCGGUGCCAUCAACUUCUUCUGUAACUAYGAAGAGAGCAGAGGAAACUACCUGGUGGACGUGGACGGGAACCGCAUGCUGGACAUCUACACUCAGAUCUCCUCCAUUCCCAUUGGCUACAACCAUCCUGCUCUCCUCAAGCUGAUGACCAACCCCAACAAUCUGAGUACAUUUGUGAACCGACCAGCGCUGGGAAUCCUGCCUCCUGAGAAUUUCCCUGACAAAAUUACAGAAAGUCUUCUCUCAGUGGCUCCUAGUGGGAUGAGUCGUGUUCAGACCAUGGCCUGUGGCUCCUGUUCCAAUGAGAAUGCCUUCAAAGCAAUGUUCAUCUGGUACAAGAACAAAGAGAGAGGCUACAGCUCACCUUCUGAUGCAGAACUGAACUCCUGCAUGAUAAACCAGGCUCCAGGUUGUCCAGAUCUCAGCAUUUUGUCCUUCAUGGGAGGUUUUCAUGGAAGAACAAUGGGUUGCCUGGCAACAACUCACUCCAAAGUAAUCCACAAACUGGACGUGCCGUCGUUUGAUUGGCCGAUCGCCUCCUUCCCCCGACUGCAGUAUCCGCUGGAGGAGUUCACCAGGGAGAACGCUCAGGAGGAGGCCCGCUGCCUGGAGGAGGUGGAGGACCUGAUAGUCAGGUGGAGGCAGAAGGGGAAACCUGUAGCAGGGAUUGUGGUUGAACCCAUCCAGGCUGAAGGAGGAGAUAACCACGCCUCUCCAGACUUCUUCAGGAAGCUGCGCAGUGUGGCUCGUAAGCAUGGCUGCGCCUUCCAUGUGGAUGAAGUUCAGACCGGUGGAGGGUGCACAGGAAAGUUCUGGGCCCACGAGCACUGGGCCAUGGAUGACCCGGCUGACAUCGUGUCGUUCAGUAAGAAGCUUCUGAGUGGAGGAUACUUCUACAGGGAUGAGCUGCAGGCUGAUAAGGGUUACCGUAUCUUCAACACAUGGAUGGGUGACCCAUCAAAGAACCUAUUCCUGGCUGAGGUUCUGAAUGUGAUCCGGAGAGAGAAUCUCCUGGAGGAAGUGGUCCGUUCUGGGAAAGCUUUGUUAAACGGACUCUAUGAGCUGCAGACCCAGUACCCCAGUGUUCUGAGCCGAGCUCGAGGGCAGGGGACGUUCUGUGCUGUUGAUGUGCGAGAUGCUGAGACCCGAGACCGGAUCCUGGUGCAGACCAGAGACAAAGGUGUACUCCUGGGAGGAUGUGGAGAUUCCUCCAUACGGUUCCGUCCAGCGCUCAUUUUUAAGGAGUACCACGCUCACAUCCUGCUGAACAUCUUGAACGAUGUUCUGGCUCAGAACAAGUAGGUCCUGCAGGAGGCCGAGCCGAGGAAAGUUCCUUCAGAGAAGAACCUGUUGAUAAAUCCCCCAGACUUUGUGUUUAAAGGACCACAGAGCGACCAGUGGUCAUGUCCCUAAUCCCUGACCUUUGACCCCUGCAGCCUGUCAGAGCAGGGUCCAGAGGACUUUAAGAUUGUUUUUCUAAAAGAAACUAAAUAACUGGAAUGAUUUGAUAUGUUGAUUCAUGUUGGCACACGUAGACUGACCUGAUGGAGUCCUGACAAGGCGGUCCAUCGGGUCAGAACACCCCCAGACUCCCCCUUCCAGGGUUUCCUGUGAAGCAGCAGCGCUCUGACUGCAGGAUUAGCUUCAGAUUAUCUCACUUAAUCUCAUGUUAACAGUUAGUAGAUGGUAGCAACAAGAACCUGGUUUYCUGUGUGAACUCUGAUGUUCUGGUGUUUCUGUGUCGUCAGUGUUGGACUCUAACCACAGGGGGAACCAGAGGUCCGUCAGCAUGAACCAGAACCAGAACCCAUCCUUUGUGUAGUGACCUGAACUGAUUUUAGCCUUUUUAGUUUGGAUGUGUUAAAAUGUGAAACAUUAAC